UUUCGGAUUAUUAUUUUAUAAAUAAUGAGAGCUAAAUAUAUUAACAAAUUAUUUAAAUUUAACAUUAUAUGCUCAGUGCAAUCAAUUAUGUACCUCUUAAAUGAACAAGUGAAAUAAAAUACGGAAAAAAAUAUUUUGUGCCGGGUCGAAGUGUUGAAGAUGGAUAACAUACCAUCAGUGGUUUCGUAUGUUCUGUAAGCUCUAGAUAGCUGUAGUGUGAGUGUGUGGAUGCUGGUGAGUUGUGUAUUACAUGUAGUAACGAAGUAGCGUCAAAGUCGUGGAGGCGAAGGCCCAUCUUCCAGCUAGUGUUGGUAGCUGGCAGGUAUAUGUAGGAAUGGUAUGAUGAAUGGUCUAAUGGUACUGUGUAGUGUAGCAGUAGCCAUCAGCUUCAGUCUUAGAUUGGUUGACAGUCCAGAAUUUGAUGACACUGCAGCAAUCCAUACCAUCUACGACCCCUAGUCAAUGAGCCCCCAACUAGAAGCAACUGCUGGAGAUAUUGCAAAAGAUAUGCUGUGCUGAAAAGUGAGACGUAGACACUUGGGCUGAGUGAAUUGCAGUGAAUACACCGUUCGUCAGCACAGGAGUUUGGGAAUUUUAUUCGGUCCCAUAGGGGAGCACUCAAUUGGCCUAAAUUAGAGCGUGAACCGAACCGCAAGAGGUUUGUUGCCUGCAGACGGGUUUUGUUUUGGACACUUUUUAUCAUUCAAGAGGUCGACUAACGGCAAAACACGCAUUGAAGUGAAAGUAUACACAACGAAUGUGGCAGCAAACUGCAUGGACGGAACACGACGGGGACAUGAAGCAUUUGUGAGAACGAAAAACAUGUCUUCGUUGUCGCCAUACCAGUAUUAGGACUCAAUCCCCUUCUCGCGCUACACACCGAAACCGAGUGCCAGCUCAUUACGAGUCUAGUUGGAGCUAACACCAGGAGACGCAAAAAGUACAUCAAGGCCAUAUUACACCGCUUCCCCACUAUCAACACGUAAGAAAUGCGUCGCAAUCUACGAGUACUACUGAAGUACGCCCUCGGAGGUGGCUUCGUCCUGUUAUUCCUAACGCUUCUGGUCCGCUCGUUCAACACGGUGGACAAGCAGAACUCGAUCGAUCGCGAAGCUGUAGCCGAACAGCACGUCCAGCACAGCAAGCAGGGAUCGUUCUUCAACGGUCCGCCGAAGAACGUCCACUCGAAGAAGAUCGACUGGCACGACUACCGUCUGAUGGAAGCCGAAGAGAAGCGAACCGGAAUAGGAGAGCACGGAAUCGCCGGACACUUGGAGAAAAAGGACGAAGAUAUGAAGGAUAAGCUGUUCAAGAAAAACGGAUUCAACGCCGUGUUGAGUGAUUUGAUCUCACUGAAUCGAUCUCUGCCGGACAUUCGGCAUAAGGGUUGUCGGAAGAAGAAAUACCUGAGCGAACUGCCCACGGUGAGCGUUGUUGUUCCGUUCUAUAACGAGCAUUGGAGUACAUUGCUAAGGACGGCAUCCAGUGUUCUACUGAGGUCGCCGCCGGAGUUGAUAACGGAGAUCAUUCUGGUUGAUGAUUGCAGUACUAAAGAGUUUUUGAAAGAUCAGCUCGAUCGGUAUGUGGAGGAAAACAUGCCUAAGGUGAAGGUGAUUCAUUUGCCAGAGCGAUCAGGACUGAUCACGGCCCGAUUGGCUGGAGCUAAGGUUGCCACAGCUGAUGUAUUGAUCUUCCUAGAUUCGCACACCGAAGCGAACAUAAAUUGGCUACCGCCCUUGUUGGAACCGAUUGCUGAGGACUACAAGACGUGCGUAUGUCCGUUUAUCGAUGUGAUUGACUGGGAUAACUUCGAGUAUCGAGCUCAGGACGAGGGAGCACGUGGUGCAUUCGAUUGGAAGUUCUUUUACAAGAGGUUGCCACUGUUGCAGAAGGAUUUGGAGAAUCCGACCGAACCGUUCGAGAGUCCGGUUAUGGCGGGAGGACUGUUUGCUAUAAGUAGUAAAUUCUUCUGGGAGCUAGGCGGUUACGACGAAGGAUUGGACAUAUGGGGUGGGGAGCAGUAUGAGCUGAGCUUCAAGAUUUGGCAGUGCGGCGGUCGGAUGUACGAUGCUCCUUGUUCUAGGGUUGGCCACAUCUACCGUGGUUAUGCUCCAUUCGGAAAUCCCAGGAAAAAGGACUUCCUGUCGAGAAAUUACAAACGAGUGGCAGAAGUGUGGAUGGACGAGUACAAAGAAUAUCUGUAUAUGAGGGAUCGUAAAAAGUACGACAAUACGGAUGCAGGGGACCUUUCGAAACAGUUGGCCAUUCGGGAAAAGCUGCAGUGUAAGCCAUUCAAGUGGUUCAUGGAGAACGUGGCGUUCGAUUUGGUUGAAAAGUAUCCUCCAAUAGAACCGCCAGACUUUGCCAAUGGUGCCAUCCAGUCUGUGGCAAACCCUGCUCUGUGUGUCGAUACGUUGAAUCACGGGGAGAAGCAAACUGUUGGAUUAUUCUCGUGUGCUUCGGAUAAGGUUCAACCGCAAGCAAAUCAGUACUUCCAAUUAUCGUGGCAUAGGGAUCUGCGGAUCAAAUUCGGAGAAAUGUGCUGGGAUGUAUCGGAAAGUGUUCCAAACGCGAAGAUCUUGUUGUACCAUUGUCAUGGCGGGCAAGGAAAUCAAUUGUGGAGUUACGACGUUGAAAGUCAGAUGCUGAAGCAAGGCAAGAACAAUCGAUGCUUGGAUAUGGACAGCAGUCGGAGGGAAGUGUUUGUUAAUCCUUGUAGCGACGAUAAUCCGAACCAAAAGUGGAAAUGGGGGUAUGUGAAUAUGACUGCGAUCGGAAAAUGGAAAUCGUACGGUGCGAAAUUGAUUGACUGAGAUGAUUGUUGGAAUGUAAAACACGUGACAUCACACAUUUUUGUGGACACAUGAAUGUCGGCUCAAAUAAGACUUCCGUUGAAUUAUAUGUGAUAAAAAAGAUUCGAACAUUGCAAACCCUAAUAUUGAUUGUUUGUUAAGCUAUUUCGAGGAUGUGAAGCGUAGUUCUCUGCAAGGAAUUUAGAUAUUCCAAAAGUACAAUUACUUCAAACUCCCAUAAUUCACUUGCCAUGUAAAUCAUUUCUAUGGUUCUCUGCAAGAUUCCGCAUAAUGAUAAUCAUAUCUUUACAUAUCUAGUCUGUAAGAGUUUAUCGCAUAAGUCACAGUGAGUGGAGUCAGAUAGAUAAUUUAAAUGUUGCCAGACAUUCCGAAGAUAAAAAAGAGUCAAACUGUUUAACGAUACAAGGAGAUUUCGGAAACGCCAAUAUAGUAAAAGGGAAGCAAUAAACUGAAUAUUUUCAAACAAAA